AUGUUGCACUACAAAGUGAACCCCAACACCAUGAAGUUCCUAGUGAUCCUAUGUGGGGCAGCAUUGUUGCUGGUCAGCGGCUGGUACAUGCAGCUCAGCCUCUAUGACCCACAACCCUCCAAUGACAAAGUCCACGUUCUAUUGUUGUCAUCAUGGAGAUCAGGCUCAUCCUUCCUGGGCCAGGUAUUCAGUCAGCACCCGUCUGUCUUCUAUCUUAUGGAGCCUGGCUGGCAUGUGUGGACCCAGCUGAGGCAAAAUGGUGCACAGGCACUUCGAAUGGCAGUGAGGGAUCUCUUACGGAGCCUGUUCCAGUGUGACUUCUCAGUGAUGGAGUCCUACCUUCCGGAGAACCAGAAAGAGUUGUUUAUGUGGAGUCACAGUCGAGCUCUGUGCUCACCCCCAGCCUGUCCUCUCAUGCCACGUAAUCAGCUCAGCAACAAGACACACUGCCAACAAAAUUGUAAACCUCGGGACCUGAAGAUUGUAGAGCAGGUGUGUGGCUUUUACUCUCAUGUGGUGUACAAGGAAGUGCGCAUCUUUGAGCUAGAAUCCCUCUACCCACUAUUGCUGGACCCAAACUUAAAUCUCCGCAUCAUCCACCUGGUCCGAGACCCACGGGGAGUGAUGCGGUCUAAGGAAGAGGUAGCUGGAUACUUAGCGAGUGAUAACGCGAUCGUCUUGGAGCAGAAACCCAUCAAUGAAGCAAAGGUACAGUAUCAGGUCAUGCAGGAGAUCUGUCGAAGCCACUUGCGUAUCAAUAAGAGGGCGGUCCUGAAGCCUCCUCCGUUUCUAAAAGGCCGCUACAAACUGGUUCGCUACGAGGAUGUGACGCGCAACCCAGUCAAGGAGAUCAAAUCCUUGUAUCAGUUUGUAGGUCUGGAGAUGACCACACAGCUGGCCACAUGGAUCUACCAGGUGACCCACGGAAAAGGCAAAGGCUCCAUUGAAGAGGCUUUUGACAUCACAUCGCGAAGCGCCACUGACAUCUCUCAGGCUUGGCGCACCAUGCUGCCACACAACAAGGUCAAACGAGUACAGGAAGUGUGUGAAGAGGCCAUGUCUUAUCUCGGGUACACGAUGGUAAACAGUGAAAUAGAGCAGAAGAAUCUCUACGUAGAUCUGCUGGUACCACAAGAACAGCUCAGCUGGUCACCUGAUAAAACACAGCACCUGGACAACAGUUACAACAAGAAUGACAAAGACUUUCUGACAGAUGGACCGCACAAAAAACUACAUUAG